AGAAGCCUUCCCCUUUCAAACCCAAAACCAACAUAUACAAACCUGGCAGAGGCUCGGAACAAAUCCAAAAUUCAAAACCGCACCAAAGAACUCCACCUGACAUUUUAGUGUCUGAUAAAAAUCUGAGAAGUAACUUAACAAUGAAACAUUACCAAGACCACAAACCUGACCAAGACAAAACGAUGAUUAAAAAAACAGAAUCUAAAAAGUCUCCAAACCCUGUCCAGAGUCCUACAGCUCAAAAACCUCAGACUGUAAACACAACUUUGUCCGACGAGUAUCCUUCUAUCAACGGAGAGAGUGAAUCUGAUGACGUGCGUAUUACGGAUCAAAACUCAAAAAAGGACAAAAAACUGGCUCAGACUCGUAAAACUGACCACCCUAAGCACAAGCAAACACCUGAGAAAAAAAUUCUAAGUGAGGAAAAAACUAAAUUGCAUUUGUUUGAAGUGAACAAAAAUUCUGAACCUGUGCAAGAACCAGAAUCUACGAAAGGUGGAGCAGCAAGUUUCACACCAAAACCUAACCAAAAGCAUUUCACACAAUCUGUGGAAAAACCUAAAGAAAAUACUUCACUUGAAACUAAAUCCAAUCCUGACUCAACACCUGGGCAUAAAACUACAUCUGAUGGAGCCGAUGCAACCCCUGAUCAGGAACUUAAAUCAAGCCAAGAAAUACUAACAACCGAACAAACCCCUAACCCUAGCCAAAAGAACUUGACGGUAUCAGUAAAUACUUUACAUGAGUCUAAAUCCAAUACAGACUCAACAACUAGACCAAAAAUUGCAUCUGAUGGAGAUAAUGCAACUCCUGAUCAGAAAACUGAAUCAAACCAAGAAAUAUUAGCAACUGAUCCAACUCCUAAAUCUAACCAAAAGACAGAAUUUAACAGAAGUGAAACAGCAAAACCAAACCAAAAGCAUUUAACGGAGUCAUUGGACAAAUCUAAUGAAAAUCCUUCUCAUCAGCCCAAAUCCAAUGAAGACUCAGUGUCUAGACAAAUACCAGCACCUGAUCGUGUUAGUACACCACCUGCUCAAAAGCCUGAACCCACUCUGAGUGUCCCUAAAAUUAACCAAACACCUAAACUUGGUCAAGUGCCUAAACCUAGCCAAAGACAUCCAAAGCCUUCUACGUCCAAAGACUUGAAGUCUAAACUACAUACAAACCUUAAACCUGGGCAAAAGCCACAAACCAACCCAAGCCUUAAGAUCUCCAAGCCUGGCCAAAGGCCUGCUCUAAAACCAAUAUCUGUGACUGAAAGAUUCCCCAAAGCAAAGCCCAACAAAACAUCCAAAGCAAUGCCUCACUCUGGAUACGUGCAACCAACCAGACCCACAGUGAAGCCACAAGGAAAACCCAUUCAAAGGCCAAAACCAGCAGAACAACCAAAGAUAAAGCUGAAGACCCAAACUCAUCCAGACCCACCUCAUAUCAGCAGGACUACUUCACACAAUAUUCAAAACUCUCACACCGACAAUCCGUCUGCAUCUGGUCUUGUAAAACAGAGUGCUGAAGUGACUCAUUCCCCAACAAAAGAUUUCAGGGUCAGCAUGAGGGAAACCAUCACUCUGGGUCCAAAGACCUUCAACAGCCUGGAAACUGGACUCUUGCCUCGUCUUCACACACUCCCUGAAGACUUCAUGUUGAGCCCAAACAGCAGGAUUAUCUCUGAUCUGAGGCCACAUACAGACGGUCAACCACCAUCAAUCCCAACGACAGCGAGCCCAAACAAAAUCAACCAUGGGAUCCUCCAUAGUGUUAUCACAAGCACGAGUCCAGGAUCCACACAGCCAAGACUAGUUCCCAAAUCUGACCCCGGCUUGCAGAAUAACGUGGAGGACACCAGACCUGCAACCCAGGUUCCUCGGCCCCGUUCUAAAACCACCUCCACCCUCAGCCCUGAGCUCAGGUCAGAGACCCCUACCCCCUCUAGCCCUGAACCCCCAGCUGCAGAGCCGUCCACUUCAAGUGCACGAGAGCUGCGUGUCAAAAUCAACCAAGUAGCUGCUUUCCUCAACAAUACCCUGAUUCCAAAUGGGAGACCAGUGGACAUGCAUCUAAGGGAGCACCCCAGGGACACCGACAGAGGCAGCAGACCUGAGAGGACAGACAGCAAUUUACCAACAUCUGUCGCAGCUCAAGUGAGGAGGGACUGCUCAGACCACCUGCUUCGAGGGGAAACAAAAAGCGGAGUUUACCUGGUGACCCCCGACCCCCGCAGCAGGAGCUUCCAGGUGUUUUGUGACAUGGAGCUGCAGGGCGGGGGCUGGACGCUCCUGCAGCGCCGCAUGGACGGCAGCGUCAGCUUCAACCGCACCUGGGCGGAGUACCAGUCCGGCUUCGGCCGGCUGCACGGAGGAGAGUUCUGGUUGGGCAACGACAGGAUCCACCUGCUGACCCGCGACAGGGACAUGGUGCUGCGGGUGGAGCUGGAGGACUUCUCCGGGACGGCGGAACACGCGCAGUACCAGCCGUUCAGGGUGGCCGGGGAGCGGCUGCGCUACAGACUCACGGUCGGCGCCUACUCUGGCACCGCGGGUGACGCUCUGCGCUUCAGCAGGAGCUACGACCACAACCACAGAGCCUUCACCACCCCGGACAGGGACAACGACCGGUACCCGUCGGGGAACUGCGGGGCCUACUACAGCUCGGGCUGGUGGUUCGAUGCCUGCAUGGCCGCCAACCUCAACGGGAGGUAUUAUAAGGGAACUUACAAAGGAGUCCGGGAUGGGAUUUUCUGGGGUACGUGGCAUAACAUAUCGACGGAGUAUUACCCCACCAACGACAGACAGUCUUUUAAAACUGUGAGGAUGAUGAUCAGACCGAAGGGCUUCGCCCCGUGAUCUGUGACUGGCUGCAAGGAAAACAAGCUGCAAAAGAUUAAAAUUUAACCAUAAGCUUAUAUGAUGCUCCAGAUGAGGUUUAUAAUAUACUCCACACAAUUAUUCUGCUCUAUCAACCCCACACUGCCGCCUCGUGGUGUUAAAUACUUUUUUUUUUACAAGAUGGAAAUAACGAAGGAUGUACAUAGUUCAAAUGAUCAAUAUCCUGACUGCAUUGUGUAUUUUGUAACCUUUUAUAAUGUUUGUUGAGGGUUAAAUGUGUGCCUUCUUUUUUGUACUUGUGAGUGAGGGUUUGAGGGGUAUGUUACAAUAGUUUAUUUUUUGUGAUGAGGCCAAUUGAUUUGGAAUCAAGCUGUCUGGAAUGUUUUAUAAUAAAUAUUACAUUGUU